AUGCCGUGCGCGCACCGGUUCCACGAGCGGUGCCUCACCGAGUGGCUGGCGCUCAGCUGCCGGUGCCCCUGCUGCCGCCACGCGCUGCCCAGCGAGGGCAAGGCGCCACCUGCUGUUAGCAGCCUUGCUGUAGCUACGUCUACGGCUACGACGAGUGCGGCGGAGGGUGGCGGUGCCGGCGCCACCGGAGGAUUCCAAGGUAGGGCCAGGGAAGCAGCGACGAGGAGGAGGAGCACACGGGCCCGCCAAGGGAAUGUGCGCCUGUUUGGGCCUGAAUGGACCGCCGAUACCAGUGACGAUGGGCUCGGCCUACAGCAAUAG